GGGAAGAAGAGGCGGGGCUGGGGAAGAGGUGGGGGCGGGGGCGCCCAGGGUGACAGGGGUUGGGGGGGAGCAGAGCCCCCCAGCCGUUGCCCCCCGUGGCUAGCGAUGGGUGCUGUCAGGGGGGGUGACGGGAGCCUCUGGAUUAUUUUUUUUGCCUUUUUAUUUCUAUUGCGAGAAGUGUAACUUCCUCUCUUUGAAGGAACGUGGGAGGUUACUGGGGGCUAUUUCGCUGCCCUCCCGUGGCCUGAUUUAGCGCCCCCCCCUCUUAAAGGGGGUUUACACGCCCCUCCAUGAGACAGUCCCAGGCAAAGAGCGUCUCCUGCCUGCUGCUAGAUCGUUUGGUGGAGGCCUCGCCCCAGAGCACAAGUGUGCCCUCUUCUCGGGAACAGUAAACACGGUGCUUCUGACUGGUGGCAGAUUGUACUGGAAGCAGUAGGUGCAAACUUCCCCUUCGGCUGUGUACCCCAUUCCUGAGCUGAGGCAGAGGCUGCCACUAGUUCCUGCAAGAUGCCAGCAGCAAUUGUGGAGAACAGUCAGGUGAUCUGUGAAGUAUGGGCAAACAACCUGGAAGAAGAAAUGAGGAAAAUUCGAGAAAUAGUUCUCAGCUACAGCUACAUCGCAAUGGACACAGAGUUUCCAGGAGUCGUAGUUAGGCCAAUUGGUGAAUUCCGCAGCUCCAUAGAUUAUCAGUAUCAACUUCUUCGGUGUAAUGUUGAUCUCCUGAAAAUCAUCCAGCUGGGCCUAACUUUCACGAAUGAGAAGGGGGAGUAUCCUUCUGGGAUCAACACCUGGCAGUUUAACUUCAAAUUCAACCUUACGGAGGACAUGUACUCACAGGAUUCCAUAGACCUCCUUGCAAACUCUGGGCUGCAGUUCCAGAAACAUGAGGAUGAAGGGAUUGAUACCUUGCACUUUGCAGAGUUGCUCAUGACCUCAGGGGUGGUCCUCUGCGAGAAUGUGAAAUGGCUCUCAUUUCACAGCGGCUAUGACUUUGGCUACAUGGUGAAACUGCUAACGGACUCCAGGCUUCCAGAGGAGGAACAUGAGUUCUUCCAUAUCUUGAACCUUUUCUUCCCAUCCAUCUAUGAUGUCAAAUACCUAAUGAAGAGCUGCAAAAACCUUAAGGGAGGCCUUCAAGAAGUUGCAGAUCAGCUGGAUUUGCAACGAAUUGGACGACAGCAUCAGGCAGGAUCAGACUCUCUGCUCACAGGAAUGGCAUUCUUCCGAAUGAAAGAGUUGUUCUUUGAGGACACGAUUGAUGAUGCGAAGUACUGUGGGCGGUUAUAUGGCCUUGGCACCGGAGUGGCACAGAAACAGAAUGAGGAUGUGGAUACAGCCCAAGAGAAGAUGAGCAUCUUGGCUAUUAUCAACAACUUGCAGCAGUGAUAACUGGGUACCACUCAGCAAGAUAUGGUCCCAGAGUGGCAGCUGCAGUCCUAAUCUGUUUCCAGCAGUCUCUCUCAUGCAAAUGACGUCUAACAGUAUGCAUUUGGCAUGAGGACUAGAGGUUUGCUGAAGACAAAAGAUGCUCUUCAUUUUGAUUCAAACUUAGAAGAGGGGAGUUUAUAACAAUGCCAGCAUUGAUGACUUGCCAUCUUUUUAGUACCAAGGACAGGAGAGACACAAUUAACGUAUAUACCUCUGUUUUCUUCCUUUUAAAAUGUACUGAAUCUGCAAGGAAGCCUUUACUCCAGAACAUUCAGCAGAACUGAGGUUCUGAAAUGCCAGUGAAAUCAGACACACAAACGCAUUUGCAGAUUGUGCUUUAAGAAGCUUAUUUUAAAUUUUUUUGUUGGCUGUAAGGUUGACAUCUGCUCCUCACCCUUUGCUUGUUUUUAUCUUUGGUAUUCUGUAGAAAUGACCCACUCGUUCAUGGCAGAGUUUCGGAUAGGAUAAUGUAAGAGACUUUCCCUGGAGCUAAAACAUUCAAAUAGUUGUGUCUUGGUAACAGUCAGACAUGGUGUAUUUGGAGCUGAGGUGACCACUUUCAUAGCUCCUAACUUUGUACAAUUUCCCACUUUCUUUAGGACGGUUGUGCCAGAGAGGUGUGUCCCACCUGUAAGACUAAUCUACUUCUCAUAGAUAUUAAUACAAUAAACUGUUCUGCAAUAGUUUAAAAUGGCCUAGAAGUUUGCCUUUUCUAGAAGAGAUUUGUAACAGUUUGGACCAAAAUUGAUGCUGACUUCAGCCACUUGGUAUUACCUGAUAACAUGAAAGAUUUUACCCUUUUCAUUACAGCAUGAGCAAGUUUAGUAGGUGCAUAAAUGUGUAAAAAGUGGCUCUAGUUUUAUAUUUUAGUGAUUUAACAGCCUGGCAAAGCAAUUGGAUUUCCCUUUUAUAGAGAUAAUAUCCCCAGGGUGGGAGGCUCACAAUUCUGACUUUUUUUAAAAUUAGAUAUUCUAAAAGUACACACCUAUAUUUUUGAACAGCUUGGAAAUAUGUUUAAAAAAAAACCCCAGAACUUUUGCCUAGAGCAAAUUAGAACUAUUUCUGAGUCUUGCAUUUUAACAAGCUUAUAAAAGUUCUUGAUUUUUUGCAAUGAUUAAAAUGUUAUAAGCUGGUAUUUAAAAUGCAUGUAAAUACUAUUGAUGUUUUUAAUUUUGUAAAAUAAAGAUUUUUUUUUAACCCGU